UGAGUUUGAGUUGAAUAGAAUAGAAUAGAAUAGAGAGUGAGGGAGUGAUCCACGUGGUUGUGAGAAGUGUCCAACCCUUCUUAGCUUGUUGUGUAGAUGGCUGAAAUCAAAGGAGGCGCCGACGACGACAUGGCUGACGGUAUGCAAUGCACCGACCACCCUUACAGAACGAAUCCCGGCGGAAUCUGUGCCUUCUGCCUCCAAGACAAGCUCGGCAAGCUUCUCUCCUCUUCUUUCCCUCUCCCCAUCCGCCCUUCUUCCUCUUCCUCUACCUCCUCCCCUUCCGACAACAUUCCUCCUUCCACCUCCACCUCUACCUCCGCCUCUGCCUCCGCCGUACCUCCUCCCUCACUCUCUCUCUAUCCUACUUCCUCCGCUAACACUACUCAUUCUAGAAGGCCACGCCUUCCUUUUCUCUUGGUCAAGAAGAAGAAGAAGAAGCCCUCUCCCAGCUCCUCCGCUGCACCCUCUGACGCCGCCAUUCUCAAGCGCAGCAAGUCCACCGCCACACCGAGAAGACCACGCUCUCUCCUCGACCCUGACGACUUACUCAUCCACGAUUUCACUCCCAGGAAGAGGAAUCACGGCUUCUGGUCCUUUCUCUACCAUUCUUCCAAGUCCUCCAAGAGCUUCAGGGACACCAUCUCAGAAACUUCCAAGCCAAAGGAAAAUAGCAAGUGCUGCUCCGGUUCUUCUCUCAUGGCCAGAAGGACCGACAUUGUUGUUGUGGAAGAAGAUAACACUCCCAACAGUAGCCACUCCACCGCUUCCUUUGAGCGCAAGGUUUCCAGAUCCAGAUCUGUUGGCUGUGGUAGCAGGAGCUUCUCCGGCGACUUCUUCGAGAGAAUCUCCACCGGUUUUGGUGACUGCACUCUCCGCCGAGUGGAGUCUCACCGCGAAGGCAAGCACAAGCAGGGGUCGUCUUCUUCUUCCGCUGGCGGCGCCGGCGCUGCCAUGAACAACCACCACCACCAUUGCAUGAAGGAAAGAGUGAGGUGCGGAGGCCUAUUCAGCGGCUUCAUGAUGACGUCAUCUUCCUCUUCGUCGUCUUCUUCCUCUUACUGGGUCUCAUCCUCUGCUGACGAUAACAAUAACAAUGGGAAUAAUAAAGCGUCCUCUUCUUCUACUGCUGCUGUUGCAACAUCACUCUCACACUCCCAUGGCAGAGUCAGGAGUUGGGGUUGGGCGUUUGCGAGUCCUAUGAGAGCUUUCAGCGCCAAACCCUCUUCUUCCAAAGAGAAUCAGAAUCGGAGGGAUAUUAUUAGAGAUGCAAAUCACAAUGAUAAUCAUAAUAAGAAGAAUGCCACGCCAAACUUGUCUGCUAUACCUUCAUUGCUCACUGUCAGAAGCUGAUGAAGAAAGAAAUCCCAUGUUAAUUACUACUAUUCAUUUUGAUUUCCUUCAUUACUUAAUUAGCAAUCUGAUACUACUUUUCUCUUAUAAAUUUGGUGUUCAUGAAUAGUUGCAGCUGCUUGUAAUGGAGGCGUAGUACUCUGAUCUCUCCGGUGAGAAGAAUAUCUCUGUCAUCACAUCACGUGGUUCGUCUUAAUUUAUGUUAUUAUGACUGUUGUACUUCUCCUUGUUGGAUAAUUUUCUUACUUUAGUAAUUAGUAUGGCCAAGACAUGUAAUUUUUAAUUUUGAGGAGAAUUACUUUUCACAUGCAUACACAUGUUUUGGAAUCACCGUUGUAGAGGUUGUGUGGA